AUGGAGGAUGAUUUAUUCCAGCUGAGACAGCUGCCGGUGGUCAAGUUUCGCCGCACUGGGGAAAGUUCAAGGUCAGAUGAGGAUGUUAUUUCAGGAGAACAUGAAAUUCAGAUUGAGGGUGUUCGGACAGAGCUAGAGCCUAUUGAGCUAGAGGAUGGAGCUGCAGUGCCAAAAGAAUUUGCCAACCCAACUGAUGAUACUUUCAUGGUGGAAGAUGCGGUGGAAGCCAUUGGAUUUGGAAAGUUCCAGUGGAAACUGUCUGUUAUUACUGGAUUAGCAUGGAUGGCAGAUGCUAUGGAAAUGAUGAUUUUAAGUAUCCUAGCUCCUCAGCUUCAUUGUGAGUGGCGAUUACCAAGCUGGCAGGUUGCAUUGCUCACAUCGGUGGUGUUUGUGGGAAUGAUGUCCAGCUCCACCCUCUGGGGAAACAUUUCAGACCAGUAUGGGAGAAAAACAGGCCUAAAGAUCAGCGUGUUAUGGACGCUCUACUAUGGGAUCCUCAGUGGUUUUGCACCAGUGUAUAGCUGGAUCUUGGUGCUGAGGGGCCUGGUGGGCUUUGGGAUUGGAGGAGUGCCUCAGUCGGUAACCUUAUAUGCUGAAUUCCUUCCAAUGAAAGCCAGAGCAAAAUGCAUUUUAUUAAUAGAGGUCUUUUGGGCCAUAGGGACUGUGUUUGAAGUCCUUCUAGCAGUGUUGGUGAUGCCCACUCUUGGCUGGCGGUGGCUUCUCAUUCUUUCUGCCCUCCCACUUUUGCUCUUCGCUGUCCUAUGUUUUUGGCUGCCAGAAAGUGCCAGGUAUGAUGUAUUAUCUGGAAAUCAAGAAAAAGCAAUUGCCACUUUAAAGCGGAUAGCAACGGAAAAUGGAGCUCCAAUGCCUUUGGGAAAAUUAAUUAUUUCCAGACAGGAAGACCGAGGAAAAAUGAGGGACCUUUUUACGCCCCAUUUUAGAUGGACCACAUUGUUACUCUGGUUUAUAUGGUUUUCCAAUGCUUUUUCAUAUUAUGGGUUAGUUUUAUUAACUACAGAGUUCUUCCAAGCAGGAGACGUCUGCAGCAUAUCCAGUAGAAGGAAAGAAGUUAAAGCAAAGUGCAGCCUGACCUGUGAGUAUCUGACAGAGGAAGACUACACUGAUCUGCUCUGGACAACCCUGUCAGAAUUCCCUGGUGUGUUAGUAACACUAUGGAUUAUUGAUCGGAUAGGCCGCAAGAAAACCAUGGCCCUGUCCUUUUUUGUCUUCUCAUUUUGCAGUCUUCUGCUGUUUCUCUGUGUUGGAAGAAAUGUUCUUACUGUGCUGCUCUUCAUUGCAAGAGCUUUUAUUUCAGGAGGAUUUCAGGCUGCUUAUGUUUACACUCCUGAGGUUUAUCCGACAGCCACGCGUGCUUUGGGCCUGGGAACAUGCAGUGGAAUGGCCAGAGUGGGAGCCCUCAUAACCCCGUUCAUUGCACAGGUAAUGUUGGAAUCUUCAGUCUAUUUAACACUGGUGGUUUACAGUGGAUGUUGCCUGCUGGCCGCUGUGGCUUCCUGCUUCUUGCCUAUUGAAACAAAAGGUCGUGGCUUACAGGAGUCCAGCCACAGAGAAUGGGGACAGGAGAUGGUCGGGAGAGGAUCUCAUUCCCCAGGGGUCACCAGGUCAAACUCCGGAUCACAGGAAUGAUGGGACAUGAAA